AUGAAACCAAUUACAUUUUUGCUUCUUUUGCAGGUUCCAUAUCGAUUGCUCGUUUUUGAAUUGGUAACCAAUGUCCAAGUAUGUCUUCUUUGUGGAUCCAGUCCCUCUCUGAUGAAGCUUGAAAGUGAGAUCGGAAGAUUCUGGAAGCCUGCUUUUGAAUCCUUGAAAUCACUCAGUCAGAUCUACCCUCGUAACUUUCCGCUUUCAACUGUCAUCGACCAGAACAAUUUUUUCUGUAUUUUAUAUAUAUUUUUAAUCCUUUUUCAUUCUCCUUUCUUUCUCUCUGGGUUCUUUCUUUUGUACUUUAUUUUACUACUAACAUUUUUUAAAAUUUAUUUUCAUUCCUUUUUUAUUCUCAUCUUUGUAUUUUCUUUUAUAUUUAUUUUUUCAUUUUCUUUGGAUUUCUUUCUUUUUAUUAUUUCUUCACAUUUCUUUUUUCAUUCAUGUUUUAUUUUAUUUCUUUUUAUUCAAGUUUUCUUUACCCAUUCUAAAUUUAUUAUCUCUGAUUUGUCCUUAUAUUUCUUUCUUUUUUCCUUAGUUCUUUUUUUAUGCUCUUUUCUUCCUAAAUUUAUUUUUUUCUUCUUUUCCCUAUUUCUAUACUCUUUUUCUUCUCCCCCCACCCGCUGCUGUUGA